CUUCCUUCCCCCCUCCGCCUUCCAACCCUCACCUUCAAGCGGUGUGAAAGGUGUGAAGGGUGAUCUUUGCAAUUUCGCUACUCCGCCUCAGCUGAGUCUUGCCCUCAAUCCAGCCAUAAUCACAAUGGAUCACCUCGACUUCACUUCCGACGCCUUCCUGGGCUUCGAGAACUUUGACCCCAGUCAACACCGAUACUCCGCCUACCUCAACUCCUCCACCUGGCCGCUGCCCGUCGACCACUCGACCAUGUCUCACAACGGCGCCCCCUCGAGGAGGCCCGCGACUUGCUCGACGCCCGCCUCGAGUCAAUCCCAUACCUCUACCGCUCCACUCCACACGACCGGUCUGCCAUAUCCGCACCAAAUGGAUCCCUCCGCAAUGCUGCCCGGCUGGCAGUUCCAGCAACUCCACCACCACCAGUAUCCUCAGGACCCAAACUCGCUCGACACGGCGUCCUACGGUACCUACGGAGCCCCCAUGCAGACCUCGCCAGUCGACUACAUGCCCACCUCGCAGGCUCCGCUGGGCAUGAACACCACCAUGCCGCUCGACCCCUCCAACAACUACCUGGCCCUUUCCACGCCCAUGGAGCAGCCCAUGAACGCCAUGCCCUUCCACAUGGGCGACUUCCAGAACGAGUUAAUGAACUACCCCAUGAACACCGGCGAUCUGGUUGCUACCAACAGCGUCGCCGGCAGCUCGCCCACCGAGAACUGGCUGGAGGUGAGGUCGCUGUCGAGUAGCGACAACGGCUGGAGCACCAUCGACUACCACCAGCCGCGCACUUCGUUCGACUCGUAUACCGAGUCCCACAACGGCACCGUCUUCAAUCCCGUCCAAACUCUGCACAUCCGCACCCACUCGGAUUCGUCGCAAUCCGACGUGCCCCAGUCAGCGCACUCUUUUGGUAGCUUCGAGGAGAUAUCUUCCUUCCCCAUGCACUCGCCGCAGUCAGAAGUCGGACUCGACUUUUCUCACGGCAACUGUCAUGGCCACCAUGAGCAUGACUACCACUACCACUCUCCCAUCCACUCCCAUCCUUCCGUCAGCCCACCUGCUUCGACGGUUCAGCCGUACGUAAUCAAGCAGUCUGCUUCGUCGUCGACCUCGCCCACUUCUUCCGGUAUCGCGUCACCCCCCGCGAUCCGGAGGCGAAAGAGCCCGACUGGAAUUGCAACCCCCAGCUCCAGCAAGGUCGCUAAGACCAUUACCAAGAAGACGGCAGGCGCCGCUAAGAAGGACGCCGAGUCGGCGAAGAAGGUUGGCAGGAGACGAGGACCGUUGAGGCCCGACCAGAGGCAGCAGGCGCAUGAAAUCCGCAAACUGCGUGCGUGCCUGAGGUGCAAGUUCUUGAAGAAGACGUGCGACAAGGGUGAUCCGUGUGGUGGCUGCCAGCCGUCGCACGCUCGCUUGUGGCAGGUGCCGUGCACUCGUAUCGACAUCAAGGACAUCGCCUACUUCAUGAAGGACUGGAAGGCCGAUUUCGAGCGUCACGUGAGCCUGGGCUUCUCUGUGGGCAACAUCAAGGGUUUCUCGACGAUGGAGCGGCCGCUGUACAUCACCCACGGCUACGGCUACUACCUGCCGAUCACUGCUCGCGAGGUCUACGUCCGCGAUGAGAAGUGCUUCGGCAUGGACUGGGUCGAGUCGAUCCACGAGAAGCCGAGGGAGUUCGAGGUCACGACCGCGAAGCUGUCUGCCGGUAUGGAAGGCAUCUCGCAUGCCGUGUUGUCGGAGUACAUCGACAGCCACAUUGACGGUGGCUUCGAGAAGUUCAUCGACGAGUACUUCGAGGGCACCUAUUUCCUCACCGAAAUCCUCAAGACGGCCUACCGUUACUACCUCAAGUCCAAGCUUCCCGUUAUCCGGAAGGCGUUGAAGCUGGUGGUGGCCUACAACCUCACCCUUCACGUGACUAUGGUUGAAGGCCUGUCGGAGGAGGAGAGCCAAGUUGGCAAGAUUGAGACCGACAAGAGCAAGUUCUUCGGGCAGACGGUUGCGCCUGUCAUGAUAAACUUCCAGGUCAAGUGUGCUCUGGCGGACAUGUGGCGUGAACUGCAAAAGGACAUCCUCGAGGAGCUGUCUUCACUGUACUCCUCGGUCUACAGCGGCGAGAAGCUCAAGAACUGGCCUACCAUCUUCAUGCUGGCCGCCGUUCUUCUUGCCGUCUGGGAAGAGAUGCAGUUUGACUGCCACUACAGGGUUCCUGACCCGACUGCCGUCACCAAGUUCUGCAACGACAUGGAGAGCACGCCCGUCGGCGUCAUUGUCGGCCUCUUCUCUGCCAUUUCGCAGAAGCUCCCGAGUUUCAUGGAGUGGGACACCAGGAAGCACCACCAUCUGCUCGCCUCGAACCAAGCGGUGUGCGACGCUAUGACUGAAGUCAAGGAGCACGUCACGAAAUAUGAGAGCUAUCUGAAGAGCCGCAGUGAGGCCAAGUUCGAUAGGAGUGACUUUGACUGCCUGAGCAACAAGUUCCUCUCUAAGCUCGUCAUCCGGGCGAACUGAGCGAGCACGUCCAAGACGUCAUCAUCGUCCCUCACCGGACGAUGAUCUUCGGCCUUCUCUGUACAGCUCUUAACACUCACUGCACAUAACGACUCCUUCGAUUCCUUUUCGGCCCUUCUACCACUAUGGCGGCUUUUUACGAUUCACG